CCAGGACAGGGGGGGUGUGGGGUUAGGGUUUGACUGACAUGUGUGUGAGUGGGUGUGUCCUGGACGCCAUGGGGGCGCUGCUCAGCUGGGUGUCCACCCGAGUGGGAGCUCUGCUGUUGGACGGAGCUGAAGCACUGAAGACCUGGAGAGCUCAGGACGCCAUCGAAGACUCACCCCAACGUUCUGAAGGACUGGACUUAGAGGAGGGGGAUCUGGGCGCCGACUCCUGGGACUGGUGUGAGAGGAGCGUCGGUGGGGGGGACACGUCUGACGAGUACUUUGACUCACGAUCGUGGUACAGUGAUGCGCUGUCCGACCUGAGUCCGGACAGGGAGGACGCCGUGGAUGCCCUGCUGGGAUUGGAGGAUACGCGGGUCGGUCAGCGAGUGUCUGGCUGCAGAUGCCACGGCGGUCAGAGUAGAACCUGGAGGAGGGAGUCUCCGUCGGCUAAAGACCACAACACAGAUGUUCCAGAGACCUAUGACGGUCUGACCGGAUGUAAGAGGAGGAAAAGCCCUGACAACAAGAGGACUGAUGUCCCUUUGAAACUCAGCACCAGCAAUGUGUGCUCGAUUAAGAUCCUACCCCAUGCAAGUGCAGAAGAACUAAAUCUAGACCUGGAGCAGGAGCAGGACCAGGACCGGUUCAUAUUACCGGGUGAAACCGAAGUCAGCUGCUGCUCGGAGCUGAACAGUUCACAUGUACAGAUCCAACACAACACAGACACCUUUGGUCCAAAGGUAAAUACCCCAAAAGACACUCAGGACGUGAGGUUUCAAACACAGUCUGAAGGAUCUAGUCCCACUUCAGACCCUCAAACAUGUGCAGUCCAAGUACCUGUAGACCACAACUGGGUUAGAACUGAGAAACAGAAAAGUACACAUGAGCUUAAAUCAAGGUUCCAAAUAGACGAUGAAACAAAAAGGUACAUUUCGGAAUGGUGUCAUAUUCAGGAUGUAGACGUAGGGAACGUAGGAGUGUUGAGCACUUUCCCUCAAACACAAAACACUGGGUCACACACAAGGGACUGUAAUGGAAGGAGUCCUAGCGAGGGAGACCGUUUACGACAGCGCGGAAUCAGUAACGACAGUGACGAACAGACCAUCGAAGACAACAGGGACUCUUAUCGGACCUUAGUAGAUCAAUCAAAAUUUAGUGAAUCGCAUGAAAAUCUAAAGUGCAUUUGCACUGAUAAUGCAUUCAGAGCACAUACGUACACCACUGAUGUUAGAACGGCACAGAAAUGCGAUAUUUGUAAAACAGAGCAUUCUACAUUGGACAGAAAACGCACAGAUGCUCAGGUGAUCACAGGUACUGUUGUAGCAAGUUCAAAUGUCCCUGAAUCACAUGACACAAGGACAGUAAAUGCAUCUCAUAACACAAACCCAGAGUUGAGAGACGCACACAACGCACAAAUUAAGGUGUCGGAACAAAACGUGGACAUUUGCUGUUCACAGGUUCCGUGUGAGGAAAGCUCUGACGGUGUGGUGUCAGAGUUCCACCCACAGGUUUGCACUGGUGUAACAAAGCCAGUGGACAAGGCAUGGGUGUCCGGUGUCUGCUUCCAGGCGGAGCAGCGGGGGGGUGUCAGCACGGUAACAGAAAGGACUAACGCACCUGGGACAGUCCAUGAAAUCUGCUCCUCCCUCACGUUCUCUGCAGGAACUGCACUGUCAUUGCCCCUGGAUGCUUGUUCCAAUCGGCAGCACUUUUCGGUCCCAUUGGCGGGUCCAGACGACGAGGGGCUAAACGAGAGGUCUAUGAACCUGAACCAGCCUCUGAGCGCAGCUGAAAGUCAAACACAGGAUUUAGUCCCCAGUCAUGUAGACAAGGGGGAUGCAACAAUAGCAAUACCCUUCCAAAAGCAGCUAGAACCUGAGCACACCCUCUCAGAUCGGUCCCAUUUGGACUCUGGCUAUAGUCAAACCCAGUGUGACACUGGUAGGAAGUAUGAGGAGUGUUUACCGUUUCACCUCCUCUUGAAAAAUCCGCCCUUUUCCUCUAGCAGCCCCGAAGAACAGGAACCCUGCCCUCUAUUGUCAGAUAAAGAGGGAGGGGGAAGGGGGAGGGGGAGGGGGAGGGGGAGGGCAGGAUCAGCCCACUCACUUCAAAACAAGGAGGGAAGCCAUGUUUGUUCUGACAGGAAGGAGGAAGUGGGACCAGUAAGUGAAGCUAGCCUUGCCCUGUCGCAACUUGGUAAAAGGCAUGUUUCUGAGCACAGUGGCUUUAUUUCCAAAACGCUUACCAGUGAUUAUGAUGUACCAAGUGAGAUAGCAUCAACAACAUCAACAGUGUCAUAUUCUGGUGAUGCUAUACGCGUUCAGGGUAGCAGCAGAGAUCACCCAGGCAAUGCUCAAUGGCUAAUUUUCCCAAUAAACACACGUUGUAGUCCUUGUAAUCCCGUCCAGCUUCCACCAAAGAUCCCUGAAGACCUAUCAGCUCUGAAGGCUCCUUCUCUGCCUUCCGACUCCAACAAUAACACAAAGACUAGAGUCAAAGAAGAAAGAGGAGGUGGUGGGUGCUCUGAACCUUUAAAAAAUGUAAAGAAUCCUUCCGGAAAGGAAGGUUCUGAACUGGUCCUGACUUCUCUGGAGUCAAACCGGAGCAGUGAGAAUUGCGUUGGAUCUAGGUUGGAGAAAGAUGUCCACAGGAAGUGUCAUUUAAACCUGGCUGAUGUGAAUGAGCCAGGUCGUAAAAGCCACGAGCGUUUAGGAUCCAGCCUUGAUGUUGUGUUGGUGAGUCAGCAAAUAGUGGACGAAAUUGAAGUUAACGGUAAAAGCUGCUUACCACAACCUUUGGAAGAACAUACACUGACCGAGCAGUCGACAGAACAAGUGGAUCAGCCUGAGUUGAGGAUAUUAAGAUACUCACACCCUGAUGUCGUUGUCAGUCUACUUGCCGUCAGUAGUUUAGAGCCAAUUCUGGAGGCUGAAAAUUCACAGGAAAACUUUGGAACAGCAGAUGUCGGAACGGUAAAAGAACAUGAGAUCAUGGUACCUGCGGAGGAAAUGAAAGAUAGUAUCAGCCUUUCGGGGGAUCCCUCCAACCUCACAAGUCCAGACCAACAUUGUGAGCCGGAGAAAGAGCCUUUCCAUGAAGUAAACCCUUUGCUUCGUGGUGGUAGUCAAAGGUGCUGUAGACCUAAAACUGUGGCUUACGACGCUGUGUUUUAUUCUUCAGUUGGCAGCAGCUGCAUUGAUCCAGAUGAUCCCCAGUUUGAUGGUUCACCUAGAAAUGCCAACUUUGAUAAAAUGAGCAAGAAGAGCAAAAAUAAAAGCAGCCAGACAGGGAGUAAAGUGUCAAAGUUCAGUGUUUUUUCCAAGAUGCCUUCUUUUAGGAAAGCUAAAGGCUCAAAGUGUUCCAAAAGUGAGGAGGAAUCCCCAGAGUUCCCAGAGAAAAGAGUCUCUUCUCCUCAGAGCGACCAGGGGUCUCAAGGGGAAAACUCAGACGAUGACGUUUUCAUCAAAGCAGAUUUCCUUCGACAAACACCCCCCCAAGCGGAACAUUACGACGCGGAUGAAGAGGGAAAUAGCUUUUCCCGUACAACCCCAUGCACACACCAUGUCAAGCAGCUGGUCAGCCAAGGGAGCAGUGGGGAAGGGGCUGAAGAACCCAGCCUGGACCCCCCCCUCCUGCUCCAGAGGCAGGUCCACUCCCCUAAUGGACACAACUACAAGAGGAGCAGGAGCAACGACAGUUUAAACCUACGCAUGCGCUUCGCCCAGGCCCACAAGUCCCUGUCCAGUCUGUUUGAGACCCGGUAUAUAGAUAAAGACCAUGAGCAGCAGGGCAUUGUGGGUAUCGAAGGCGACUGCGGUAAAGCCAAACAACCUUGGCGAAAGCUGAAGAGGUCCAAGGAGGCCGAGCUGCUGAAGAGGACUCUUUCAGUGCCUGAAGGGGAGUGUGGUAGUAACGCUGCUUCUGGGCAGGACCACGUGGACUUCCUCCCUUCUCCGGUCCUGGACCAGCUCAGUAAUCCAGGGUCUCCAUCUGCCCUGCGAGCCCUACGUCACACCGAUCCCAUCUCCAAGCGGGGCGUCCCUCAGAGCAGCGGACAGGAGAACCUUCUGGAAUGUAAAUCUGAGGGCCAGAGACGGAAGUGCUCGUCCAGCGGUCUACCUGUGACACCGUUCUCAGACGCAUUCCCGCCGUUCCAUCACAGCAGUCCGGUUUCACCGUCCAGCCCCCAUCAGCCGUUCCCUUUGUGGUCCAGAUCCCACUCGGUGGCUGAAGAGGGUCUGACCACGGAAAGCCCAAUUCGGCCCAUGAGCCCCAAACCCAACAGCCCGAGGCCGGCGGCUCAGCGUAAACUGUUCCGCCUCUGCCAGUCGUCCAGGGCCAGUUCGGUUCCCCCCAUCCUUCUGGGGCAGUCAGUCAGUGCGGAGGGCCUGACAGACCCCCCAGAGAGACCCAAGACCCUCAAGCCCUCGGCGAGUCCUCUGGGGCUCAGUCUGAGUCCUGUGGAAGGGGGGGACUGGGGCCGAGAAAGCCAGUCCCACAUCAGCCUCAGUGAACUGGAGGUAAGAAAAGACCUGGUCCUUAUGUCCACGUCUGCGCUUUUAAAACACAAGCAGCGUUUGGCAGAUUUAACUCCUGUUUAACUCCUGCUUCUGAUG